UUAAAUUACAGUGACAUUUUGACGUUAUAACCUAUGAGGUCAUCAACUGAUCAUGUUAAUACGGGACAUUCGGUUUUUCUGAUUGGGCUUUAACAUUUCUUUUACCGGACAGGGAGGACAUUUUUCUGUGAGCAGUAACUACUGAUCUGCUUAAUUCCGAAGCAAAGGUGACCCGACCAUCAAUAAUUUGAACAACUUGUAAAUCUUCAAACUUGAACUUUUGAAAAGUGUGUCAGGAUAUUGUCCUGCGCGGGGUUAAAUAAGCAUACAACUGAACUUUUCUCACCUGGGUUGCACAUACAAUGUAAGUGUGUUCAUAUAUGUAGUUUUAUGCAAACAUCGUAUAAAUGGGUCAAUGUAACCUAGGCUUAUAUUACAUGCUUAUAUUAAACCUUAGAGAGAAGUAUUAAGAGACAUUACUUAUUUCACUGAGGCAAACUAAUAUUUUCGAGGAAAUUCACCAUGGCUUAUAGGGGCGCUAGUAAGUUUAUAUUUAUAAAAAUCUAUAAGUAAUGCCAUUAGUAUCAUAUACGUGCAUAGGUUAUAUUGUGCUUUAGCAAAUGGAGGUGCACGAAACGGAGGUGACUUUGCGUGGGAAGAGGUGACAGAGAACUAAGAUCCGUAAGGCAUUUAAUCCGAUAUUUCCAAAUCUCUGGAAGUUGACCGCGGUGGAUAUAGGGGCAAUGCUCCAGGCUCGUCUGGAUGUAAUAACGCUUGAACAAUGAAGUGUAAACCCUAUAAGCCAUCGUGUUGCACCUGUUUUUUUCUUUACGCCACAGCAGGCAUUUGCAUUUACAUAUGGUCAUACCUAUCAUUACGUCAGACAACAACAGUGACGCGACCAGCAGUAAUCUCUCAUCUGGCCAAGAUUAUACGCAGAGUUAAUCUCAAUUCAACACUCGGUGUUCCUGAUUAUACGGAAACCUAUCAGCUAAAUUUCAAAAACAUCAUUAAAACCAGUGCUAUCCCAUUUCAAAGUGUCAGCAUCGCAGAUCAAAUAAAUGUGUCUACUGUUGAGGGGAGAUCAUCAGAUGCAACCAAAACAACAUUGAAGGGUACAUUCACAACGACAGAACGCAGGAAAGGUACAAGCACCGGUUUAGCCACUCUGGGUAUGCAAGAACCGUUAGAGAUCACUGAAAACUUUACAAACUUGAGCAAAUCUAUUUUAUUGAAGCCCAGCACAAGGCAGAAUUUGAAGUCGACUGAAAAACAACAAUUAUCUCUCACCUCUUUGAAAGCCUUUGGCGUUUCAGCAACGGUAAAGGUAGACAAUUACAGUCACACUGUUUCUGAUACGGAUAAACCUGGAAUUAACUCCGUAGCUGCUGUCUCUGCUAGCAGUAUUACUUUAUCUGUGAAAAAUGUUUCCAAUAUAGACGUCUCAACUUCCACGGUAUCUUCUAUUAACAACACAAAAUCCCCAAGAACAGAAUCGGUGUCAAACGGAGAAUUUGGUAAUCACUCAGACUCGACCGUUGGGAUAAUUGGUACCACAGUCACUGCUGACACUAGCAAAAUACCCACGGAAAUUGCUCCAACUACAGCCGCCUUGCCUUCCGCCGUUUCCUUGGAUGACAGCAAGGGAGAAUCAACAGAGCUAGGAAGUUCGUCAAAGGGACAAGAAGGCAAAUAUCCAGAUAUGGACUUCAAGACAAUCACCAGUACUACAGUCCCCGCGAAUACCAACCCCAUAGCCACUGACGAUAUUCUCACUACAACCGCCUCAGCUUUCACGGUGUCCUCAAAUGUGAGAACAGAUGUGUCACCGACGAGAGAUAUGACAAUCAGACGUUCAGACAACAGAUUAACAACCACCCGUAAUGACAAUGUUAUUUCUCACAAGAAUGUGUCAAACACACACCAAGUUUACCUCUGCGUGAAUCCCAGCGGUCGUUUAGGCAAUCUUAUGUUUCAAUUCGCCUCCUUGGUCGGAACCGCGCGACUUCACAAUAUGACACCGGCCAUUUCUGAAGGCAACCCCUUGAAGAGGAUAUUUAAUAUGAGCAUCACUGAACUGAACAGCACAAUCGCCUCUGCUUUUCCGCGUGUUGGAGACAAAAAGACAUGCGCUUUUGAUCCCAUAAGUGCUGAUUUCAGUUCAAACUUGACACUGUCAGGGUUUUUCCAGUCAUGGCGAUAUUUCUCAAACGUCUCCUCGGAACUUCGGGAACAGUUCACAUUCAAGGUAGAUAUUGUUAAGCGUGCUAGAUCAGCACUAGAAGCCUCGUUAUAUUCACAACAUCGUAAUUUCUCUCUGGAGAAACACGACAUUUGUAGGUGUUCACGUCAGACGUGGGGAUAUUCUAGAAUCUGGAAAAAUAAAAUUUGGCUAUGCUGUUGGAAGCAAAUAUUAUCUUUUCCAGGCUAUAAAUUACUUUAUAAACAGAUAUGAUUCUGUAAUGUUUAUUGUCUGCUCUAAUGAUAUAAAAUGGGCAAAGGAAACUAUACCUUGUCAAUAUGCAACAUUUAUCACCGGCCAGGAGGCUGAAGUAGACAUGGCGAUACUGUCGUUGUGUAACCACACCAUUAUGACCGUAGGUUCUUACGGCUGGUGGUCCGCCUGGCUGGCCGGAGGGACAACUAUCUAUCAGAUACAGCAGACGAUUCCGGGUACAGACCUGGAUAAGAGGUUUAACCUGACCGAUUAUAUGUUGCCGGACUGGAUUGGCAUGAAUCAGACGUCUUCAGAAAUGAUUCCUCAAACACAUGUAAUGAAUAUCAGCACUAAAGUACCAAUCAUGAAGAACACGUUUAACGGUUCCGCCGAAAACUUAACUAGUUCUUAAUUGGUUGGUUGUCAUUUCACCUAGAGUAGAUAAUGUGACAUUCUCAGAAACCUAAUGCAGUUCACACGAUUUAAGUCACCAGAGCAUUAUAAUCUUCUGAAGAAACUAUAGCCUAUCCAUGUGGAAAUUCAAACUUUUAUCACAUAAAUGCUUUAUAACCUUGUGUCAACAGCGGCACAACCAUUCCAAUGUAAAGCUAUUUUUAGUCUAUGUUUAACAGUUAAACAAGCAUACCAACCAUACAUGAAUUAACUCAUGCUGUAGACAGUGGAAUCUCUUUCUAUAUAUUCUAUCUGUCUCUCAAUCAAAAUAAAUCAUAAAGUGUUCUCUUCCCUUGACAAUAUUUCUAUAUUUUUUUCUGAUAUCACUGGAAACAGUAUUCAAAUUAUGUUUAAAGCUUACGAAAAAAUAUUUGAUCUGCUUUAUUUGAUUGGCCUUUGACGAAGUACACAAGAAUAAAAAUGAUUUGCUUA